UGCAAGGCUGCGCAAGCAGAGGCAGCCCAGAACAAGGACAAGAUCCCAAUGGGCUCCUGAAACUCAGGGAGGGACUCAGCUCUCAUCACCUCCGCCCUACUCCAGCUCCAGGAUUGUCGCACCAUCUGGCAUCCUGAAGCCCCCGCUUACCCUGCGCCCCAGAUGGAAGCUCUUCUCGGAGUGAAGCUGGGCUGCAUGUUUGCCCUGCUGCUGCUCACUGUGGUCUGUGGCCUCGUGCCCAUCUACUUCAAAUGGUUCAAGAUUGACGCGGCCACAGGUCGCCACCGCCGGGUCCUCAGCCUCCUGGGCUGCACUUCUGCUGGCGUGUUCCUGGGAGCAGGGUUCAUGCACAUGACCGCUGAAGCCCUGGAGAGAAUCGAAUCUGAGAUCCAGAAGUUACUGAUCCAGAACAGUACAGCAGGCGAGGGAAAUUCAGAGGAUGCUCAUUCUGCAUUUAUGGAGUACCCCUAUGGAGAGCUCAUCAUCUGCCUGGGCUUCUUCCUAGUCUUCCUUUUGGAGUCACUGGCAUUGCAGUACUGCCCAGGGGCAGCUGGAGGAGCCACACUGCAGGAGGAGUGUGGGGGAGCUCAUGUCCUGCACAUCCACAGCCAUGGACCCCUGCCCUCGCCCUCCCGGGGCCCCCUGCGGGCCCUGGUCCUCCUGCUCUCCCUCUCCUUUCACUCCGUGUUUGAAGGGCUGGCCGUGGGGCUCCAGCCCACGAUAGCAAUGACGGUGCCGCUCUGCCUGGCAGUCCUGGCGCACAAGGGGCUGGUGGUGUUCGGUGUUGGUCUGCGCCUGGUGCAGAUCGGGACCCGGGCCCGGUGGGCCAUGGUGUCCAUUGUGUCAUUAGCGCUCAUGUCACCCCUGGGCCUAGCGAUAGGAUUGGUUGUGGCUCAGGGGGACACGCAAGGGGGCCGAGGCUUAGUCCAGGCAGUCCUAGAGGGCGUGGCAGCUGGCACCUUCCUUUAUGUCACCUUCCUAGAAAUCCUGCCCCGGGAGCUGGCUGCUCCUGAGAGUCCUCUGGCCAAGUGGGGCUGCGUGGCUGCCGGAUUCACCUUCAUGGCCUUCAUCGCCCUGUGGGCCUGA